AUGCUGAAGGGAAAGAGCCACUGGGAGGUUCAAGAUUGUCUUGGAAACAAACACCGGCGACUUCCAGCAAUGCCUGGGCCUGUUAAGGCGGAAUUUCGUGUUGUUGCUCUCAAUGGAAAGCUUCUUGUCAUUGCUAGAUAUUCCGUUGUAGAAGGGACUGGUUCUGUCUCGGCGGAUGUUUACCAGUUUCAUCCGUGUCUGUACAGGUGGAGCAAACUAGUGAGCAUGAAUGUGGCACGCUAUGACUUUGCGUGCGCUGAGGUGGACGGGCGGGUGUAUGCAGACGGGGGGUGCGGAGCAAAAGGAGAGUCCUUCUCGUGUGCAGAGGUGUACGACCCAGAUGCGAAUGCAUGGGCGCCUAUCGAGGGACUUCGCAGGCCACGCUGGGGCUGCUUCGCGUAUGGGUUCGAGGGGCGGGUGUACGUGAUGGGUGGGUGGUCGAGUUUCACGAUUGGGAAUUCACGGUCAGUGGAGGUGUAUAGCCCUUAG